AUGGCGGAAGCACGCAAGGCCGUCGAAGACCUCGUACGGCUCUCGAGUCGAGUGAUCCGCAUCCUCGGCCAAAACCCUGGACCUUACACGCUCGCAGGCACCAACACCUACCUCGUUUCGACUCCGCCCGUCGCCUCAUCCAGUCUGGCUUCACGCCCCUCUGUGCUCGUCGACACGGGUGAAGGCACAGAUGGCUACAUUCCGCUACUCGAGCGUGCUCUCAAGGGAGCUGUCGAUGGCGAUGUAUUGACCAAGAACAGCAACGGCAAAGCAUCGGCAUCAAACCGUGACGACGCCAUGGAAGAGGACGAAGAGGACGAAGACGAUCUCACCUCGUGGAUCUCGGACAUUGUUCUCACCCACAAGCACCACGAUCACGUCGGUGGACUGCCAUCCGUCCUCUCUCUGCUCUCCAAGCUACGGGCAGAAGCCACAGUGACAUUGCCCGCGCCAAGGAUACACAAGUUCCUCGACGCCGAAUCGGAUCCGGACCUGGUCAAGGUGCUGCAGAACCUGCCCAAGGGCUCCUUCAUCCCCUGCGAGGACGGCGGUCGAGCUUCCCCUCUCUGGCCAUUGCGCGAAGGGUCCACCGUCAAGAUCACCGGACCAGACGCGUCAUCCUCACUUCAAGUGCUGCACACACCCGGUCACACGGCCGACCACAUCUGCCUUCUCCUCACGGAAGAGAAGACGCUGCUCACGGGCGAUCACGUCCUCGGCCAGGGCACGACCGUUUUUGAAGACCUGACAGCGUACAUGUCGAGUCUACGCAAAUGCUCUCGUGCACUGGAGGAGCUCGGACCUUCUUCCGCAAGCGAGAACCGACUCUACCCGGCGCACGGCCUAGUGGUCGAAGAGGGCAAAAAGAUGCUCAAGCAGUACCUGGACCAUCGGCUCGAACGAGAGGCGCAGGUGGUGGAGCUGCUCAAGACCUCACCCGACUCCUCCUCCGACGGGACUUCAUCCACAGUGACGAUUGCAGGGGAAGAACACCGUCUCGGCUCGUCAUGGAAGAUCCGCCAGAUGGUGCUCAAGCUCUACUCGAACUAUCCGGAGAACCUAUUCCCCGCCGCAGCACGUGGUUUGUACCUGCACCUGAGAACCCUUUCGUCGCCUGAUGCGGAGCAGGGACGGGCGUCGAGGGUGAGGUGUCUGCAGACGACGAGUUUUGCCAGGAGGGGGUCGGCGGAGGCAGCACAGGAUGUAGGCAACUGCCCGCCCAUGCCCAGGAGCGACCCUGAGUGGGUCGAGGCUAUGGAGCUCGAUUGGGCGCUCAUCGUCCCGCAGUCAUCACAGCAGGCGAGUCCGAAUCACCAACAUUUGUAA